AUGGCAGGAUAUUCCAUGACUUUCAAAAGGUUUUCGGUUUUUCGGAACUACAAAUGUCGAUUUUUCUCAAAAGUAUCAGUUGUAAGAGAGGAGUAUGAUAAUCCUCGGAUAGACAUAUUGUCGAAGUUAAUAAAUGUGGCUAGGCUCGAGGGGUCUGAAUUUGAAACCUCAUUAGACGAAGAAUCAAUUAUAGAGUGUCUGAGAGGGAUGACGAAUGUUCCAGUUCCGAAAUCAAAGUAUCCUUUUCUCUCUUACUCCAAUUUUCCAAGAUCCAAGUUUCUGCCACCAAUGCCAAAAUCCGAAAGCAAAGAAGAGCUAGUACAGUUUGUAGAUAAGUUAACUACUUUUCAAUAUCCCAAACCAAGGAUUCCACAAAUUAGUCGGCUGAUACACGAAAGUGUUAGUGCCCACCCUGAGUUUUUCCCAAAAGAAUCGUACUUAAAAAUUGUUUAUUUUUACAAUUACCACUCCAACCUCAAACUAUGUUUCGAUAUUCUCAAUACCAUGAUUCAAAGAACAGAUUUGAAACAGGACAUUGAGUUCCACAACGUUAUUAUAUCGGAUACUUUCAAACCGUCUAAUAUGAAGAAGGUCAUUGAAAGGUUGGAAUCGUUGGAACAUAGGGGCAUGAAGGCUAACACAAAUACUUGGUAUCAUGGAUUUACAAGAAUGAAAAAUAGCGAUCCGAAGAUUCAGUUGAUCGAAAUGAUGCAAGAGUUGAACAUACCUCUUUACCCAAUACUUCAUCUACUAAAACCGCUUGCAGGUUACUUCACGCCUGAAAAGUUGAACAAACUCUUCGAAAAGGAAGGAGUUUCUAUUGAACGAGAUACAUUGACGUCUCCAUUGUUCAACAUACUAGCAACCUCAUAUUUGAGGCAUAAUCAGAUAAGUGAGUUAUGGGAUCUCAUUGAAGGAACUCCCCAACUAAGACCAUUUAUGAAUACAGGAUUAUAUGUGACAUUCAUUGAACAUUUCUUAUCAAAUAACCAACUAGGUUUUGCCUUUGCCUUCACUCAAUACGUGCAGAGCAAGUUUGGUUUGAGAGUUUCUAAAAUAUUAAUAAGUAUGAUUGUGAACAAACACUUGCCAAAUUGUUCCUAUUUUGAAAAUUGGAUUUCAAUUGUGCGUAUCUUAUACCCAAAGGCAAUUCGGGAUUCCAGCAUUUUCUUGAACACGAAAACACUAUCAAAUCUGCAGGACUACGCUACUCUUUAUCGCUUUGAUAAUAAUUUUGAGAGUGUAAGUAGAAAAGAUAAAGAAAUUAAAAGAAUGAUUGAUAAGAGUUUAGUAUGGAAGGAUAAACCAAUUUUCAGCUUAAGUGAAAACGCAAAGAGCUUUAUUGAUUGUGCUAAGAUGGUUGGCCAGCCUAUCUAA